AUGGAAAAUGAAAUAAUAGACAAUUUAAGUAUUGAUAAUAUAAGUAAUGAUAAUUCAUUAGACAUAAUCAUUGAAAAAUUACAACAGUUAAAUUUGUAUUUAAAAACUGAUAAUAGUUGUAAAAUGUUAUUGAAACUAUCAGAACAAGAGUAAGUAAAAUUACAAACAUAAAUUAAUAUUUAUAAUAUUUUAAACUAAACACCAAAUUUCAGAUUACAGAACGAAAUAAAGUUUAAAUCGAGAGCUAAAAAAAUACAGAAAUAUCACCAAAAGCACGAUCAAACUAUACUUAAGGAAAAUAUGAUUAAUGAACUACAACAAAUUAUCGAUAGUAAUAAUUUAAACAUUGAAGUUAGCCAAGAAAAUAAUGCAAUCUUGAAUUUAGGUACCUUCUAAAUACCUAAUAAUAAUAUAUAUUUUACUAAAUCAAUAUAUAUUUCAGAGUUAGAACCAAAGAUUAUUGCUGAGAUAUGUGAUAAAAUUAUGAUUCUUAAAAUGUCUGACAUAAAAAAUAUCAAGUCAUUUGAAGCGUCUAUAAAAUCAAAUAAAGUAAAAUAUUUAUUCUAUUCAUAAUAUCUAUGUUUUAUUAAAUACAUACCUGUUUUAUUCUCCAGUUAACUUUAAAAGAAUUUACUAAAAUUGAAAAAGAAAUAAAUGUUGCGUUAGAUAAACUAUCGCCAAAGGACAUAUCACCUAAGAAAUCAGAAACCAAAGUCACGCAACAAAUGAACAAUUCAAAACAUCAUAAGUCAUCUGUAUCCCUUUCAAAUGUAUCACGAAGAAACGAGCGAGAUACUAAUUGUAGAGUUUAUUCUAGAACCCAUGUCGAACAUGUAAGAAGGUUUGGAAGUACAACUAAUGAAGAUUGUAUAAUUAUUGAACCACAAACACACAGAAAUGAGACAAUUAGAAUGAGACUUGAAACCGAUCGUACCAGAAUAACGGAAAACUUUAUUAAUCGAUCUAAUAUUGACCAAAACACAAGGUAG